AUGAGGAAAGAACCUCCACGAGGAGAAGAGGUGGCCAUUGCUGCACCUGAUUGCUAUUGUGGGGGGCUUGCUCGGCUGCAGACUUCUUGGACAGAGUCCAACCCACUUCAGAGGUUCUUUGUGUGUCCAAAGUCAGAGAGGGGGAAAAAAGGUUGUGAGUUUUUUGUAUGGGUUGAUAUUGAAAUGCCUCCCUAUGAGAGAGCUUUGAUGGCUUGGCUGCUGAGGACAAAGAGAGGAUUUGAAGAUCAAAUUAGGCGUGCGAGAGCAAGAGAGAAGAAGUUGUGGAUUGCUCUAUUUAUUUCUUGGGCCUUUGUGUUUAUGAUUUGGUUUGGCAAUGUUGUGUAA